AGGAACGUGAUCUGCUAUGGACUAUGUCUAAAUUUUGUCCAUUUCCAAGACCACGUGCUACUAUUUUUAUUUAUUUUACCAGUAUUGAUUUUUUUUUCUUUUUUACUUACUGGUAUUGAAUUCUAUUUCAUCCUUCCACGAAAAAACCCGAUCUCUGUAUUUAGUUUCCAGGAAAAAUUGCUUCAUUUGAGGGAUAUGUUCUCGAGUUGAAGAACAGCAAAGUAAGAAUGACCAUAACGCCCUUAAUAUGCUUUGCAGAACUUGGGGUUUCUGCAUGCUCUCUCUUCAGUUCAGGAUCUUCAUUUAUAACUUUAGUUUAGUUUUGACUUGAGUUUAUGGUAUAGUUUAGUUAAGUUGUGUUACUGCUUGGCAAUGGCAUGGGACACAUGUAUGGGUAGGUUGUCCGCCCGCCAAGCACUUCCUUAAAGGACAGAAUUUUCAAGACGAUAGCAAAGCACCUUUCUUUUUCCCUUGUCUGCUUCCUUUUUUUUUUGCUUUGUGAUCCAUAUAAAAGCUUAAACAAAACCACCAAGAACAAGCUGUUUAUGUCUACUCGGAAUAGUUUUGAACGUGAGAGGUUGGAUUGGAACAGUACUGAAGAAUGACCCAAAAAAGGUUACUAUAGUUUGUAUAGAUUUUACGUUGAAGUUCGGAUUCCCGGCGGCAUAUGUAUUAUGAUUCUGAUUCUAGUUGAGUUGGAGAAUAAUUGAGAUAGAGACAAAGAGAGAUGCUCAUUGGUUUAAGGCAUUUAAUGGCUGCUCCGUCAAAAGGAUGGCGAUUGAUAUUGGCGGGAAUAAUAUUGGUCGGUUUCCUUGCUGUGGAUUCAGUGCUUGUUACAGCUGAACCAAGUUCGAACCAUGAACAAUCAGGUUAUAAUGAGAAAAACUACGUUCGGAAAGCAUUUAAGUUGUUAGAGCAGAACAGUAAACCACGCCAUGAACAUGAAUGGCCUGACAUAAGAUUUGGUUGGAAAAUUGUGGUGGGUUCCAUACUUGGAUUCCUUGGAGCAGCCUUUGGUAGCGUUGGAGGUGUAGGAGGAGGCGGUAUUUUUGUUCCCAUGCUUACCUUGAUUGUUGGGUUUGAUCCCAAAUCAUCAACAGCAAUCUCAAAAUGUAAGAAUAAUCCUUUCCUUCCCAAUUUUUACAAGUAAACA